CACACACACACAUUAAAAAAAAACCUAAAAAUGGUUAGGGUUUCCGUUUUAUUGUGUUUUGUUAUCUUGGUUGUAAUCAUGGUUAGUGUAUCAUUUGCCGAAAAUAAUGAAGUGAAAUCGACUAGUUUGAAGAAAGUCAAAGGACAAGAAACUGAUCAGUCGAUUACUAAGGUAAAUGACGACGGUGAGCAUGAUGAUGGCCACGAUCAAGAUCAUGACAAUGAUAAUGACGAUGAACAUGAUCAUAACCACGAUCACGACAAUGCUGAUGACGACGAUCACGACAAUGAUGAUGAUGACGAUCAUGAUCAUGACAAUGACAAUGAUCAAGAUAAUGAUCAUGAAGGUGAUGAUGAUAACGAUCAGGAUGAUCAUGACAAUGAUAAUGAAGGUGGUGAUGAUAACGAUGAUGGUGAAGAUGAAAAGGAGACAUUGGGGGUAUACGAGCUAAAGAAGGGGAGUCUCACUGUCAGAUUUACAAAUCGCGGUGCUUCUAUCAUAUCUCUCCUUUUCCCCGAUAAAAAUGGAAAGACGGAGGACGUCGUUCUUGGGUAUGAUAGCGUCAAUGAGUACAUGAAUGAUACUGUAUUUUUUGGAGCGACUGUGGGACGUGUAGCCAAUAGAAGAGAAAAGACAGUUGCCAACGAUGCUAAAAACACAAUUCAAGGUGGGAAGAAAGGGUUUGGUCAUGCGAUUUGGAGAGUUGCAAAACACAGAUAUAAUGGCAAGAAACCUUAUAUUGUUUUCACCUACACAAGUCCUGAUGGCGAUCAAGGAUUUCCGGGGAGACUAGACGUCACCGCGACGUAUACGUUGGUCGGAGAAAACCAACUACAAUUGGUGAUGGAAGCAAAGGCUAGAGAGAAAGCAACUCCUGUGAAUUUAGUUCAUCAUUCUUAUUGGAAUCUUGGUGGUCAUAGCAAUGGUGAUAUAUUGUCUGAAGAAAUUCAAAUUCUCGGUUCCGGUUAUGCUCACGUCGACGAUAAUCUCAUCCCCACCGGAAAAAUCCUCUCCGUUAAAGGAACAUCAUACGAUUUUCUCAAACUCCGACCUAUUAAAGAUAACAUCAAUGAGAUUAAGCUAGGGCACGGUAUAAAUUAUUGUCUAGACGGUGUUGCUAACCAGAUGAGAAAAGUCGUGGUGCUUGUGGACAAAAAAUCGAAGAGGAAAAUGGAGUUAUCUACAGAUCAGUCAGGUCUGAAGUUCUAUACUGGAGGAAGCUUGAAGACAAUGAAAGGAAAAAACGGAUCGGUUUAUAAAGCUUACUCCGGUUUAUGUUUAGAAACACAAAGUUUAUCCAGUGCAAUCAGUAAUCAUUAUCUUCCUUCGCAGAUAGUUAAACCGGGUGGAAAAUAUAAGCAUACUUUGCUCUUUAAGUUUUCUAUUGUUCCCUAAACUUUGUAACUUUCUGGAAGCUUAUAUGACCAGAAA